CCUGGCCCUUGGGGUAAGCGGGUUCAGCCCUCUCAAGUAUCAAGGCCAAAAUAUAACAUCAGUUGACACUAAGACUCUCCUGCUUUCUGCCUGCUGCAUCAUGAAGCCUGCUGAGUUGGGAUUUCUUCUAGGUCUCUUCAUCUUCUUCUUGCUGACUACCCCAUUAAUGGGUGGUGUUGCUAGACUUGCUGAAAUGAUAUGUGGAGACCUCAAAGAUCCCUGCAAAAUGGAUAUGAAUCCUGGCAGCUGUUUUGAAAUUCACUUUAGAUUUUUCUACAACCAAACCUCCAAAAGAUGUGAAAGUUUUAUCUUCACUGGCUGUAAUGGCAACCUUAACAACUACAAGCUUAAAUUAGAAUGUGACAUAGCCUGUGUUGAAGAAUACAGAAUAAAGGAAACCAAGUAAAAAAAGUCAAGAGUUGAUACAUCAUUCUGAAACACAGCUGUAAGAAAAUUCAAACCAAUUUUAAGAUCUUUGUAAUAUUUCCAUAAUCCUGGAAACUUCCAUCUGUUUGCUAUUUUCCUGACUUUAGUUUUAUCUUUCUUGAGAAAUAACUGUAUGACCAUUAAAAUGAAAGCAACUUUGUGUCAGUUUUCCCUGCUCUCUGAAAUGUCUCUCCCCCACCUUAUCCAGAGUUGAAUGUCAGCUGGUUCCAUCCUUAGCUGCCCUCUCCCCAUUGAACCAUUUCUUAUACAUGCACACAAUGUUUCAGGUGUGACAAACCAGAUCUGUAGAGGUUUAUAUCACCUCCCUUCUCAGGUUGAACUAGUUAGUAGAACCAAAGUACCUAACUUGUGCUCCUUUUUGCCCAUGAAACCAAAAUGAGCAGAAUGAGCCCUGAGCCUCACAUUCACAUGAAAUACGUGUCCUUGCACUCAUGACAAAUGUUUCUUUGUGACACUUCCUGAUUCAUGUACACCAAGUCAGGAGCCCCAGUUAGCUUAACUAGCCUCCUGACUUGAUCCCUAUUAAUAAGUAGUUAUUUAGACACUGUUUUGUAUCUCAGUCAUUGAAAUUUGACUUGGCUGUUCUUAGUCAUUCUGGCAAAAUAACUCAAUUUCAAUCAAUGACUGUGUUUUACUACCAAGAAAAUAAUCACCCAGACACUAGCUGCCAAGUGUCUGAAUAUAAUGCCACAAGGUUCGACAUGGGCAUGAUCUUCCCAGCUGUAGGACACUCAGCUUGACCAUCUUAUCUCUGAAUUUAUCCAAACAUCCCUGUCCUGCAUACCUUCCCUGUCCCUCUUAUUGACCAAGUCCAAUCCCUUACCUGAGAAUGCAUCCUGGACUAUUAGUAGCUAGGGCCAACAUCAGAGACAUUAUAAACCAGUGAGAUCCUGUAACCAGACAUGCAAGCCUGGUCUUUUCUCAGUCUUAAAAAUAAUAAAAUUAAUCCCCAAAAUUGAGACCAUUUUCUGCAAGAGCUCUGAUUACUUCAAAAUUAGGCCUUCAUCCAAAGAGAGUUUACUCUGAACAGGUGAAGCCCAAAUUCUGGCAUGUUUCAAUUUUGGUGAAGACCUGGGAAUUACAAAUUAUUCUUAAGCCAAAUAAGCUGUUGGAGACAUGCUGUGCACUCUGAAAUAAUAGGAACUAGGCUAACCUGACUGGUUCACAUAAGUGGAAGUUUUGAGAUUUUCCUUUUGCAAGUCACGAAGCUGGGUGUCCCAGAUAGACAGUCUUUCAGACAAAAUAACAUAUUCCCCCAGCCUGUUUGCUUCUUCUGCUAACCAAAUCCUGGAAAUGCUGGACAAGUAAAAAGAAGGCAUAUGGAUAUGAAUAACUAAAGUCAAGACUAAGAAUUUUUUAAGUUUAUUUAUUUGUUUUGAGAGAGAGACAGAGAGAUAGACCAAGAGAGAGAGAAUCCCAAGCAAACCCCGCAUUGUCAGUGUGGAGCCUGGCAUGGGGCCCAGAUCUACAAACUGCAUGUUCAUGACCUGAGCCUAAAUCAAGAGUUGGUUGCUUAAGUAACUGAGCCACCCAGGUGCCCCAAGACUAAGAAUUUUUUGAGGAAAGAGGGCAGUGUUAUCUUGGUGAGAAAAGAAAUAGAUGCCCAAGACAGAUUGCUGGGCACCAAUGGUAAAAGGAGUUGGAUGAAAGCUUUUGAGUUAUACUAUUCUCCCCACCACAAAAAUCUGGAUCUAUCACCAUCCACAUCCACAAGAUACUACAAGUGCAACUGAUAUAACAAAGUGGCGGUUCCAGAGCACAGCUAUAGUAAGAGGUAUAUAAAAACACGUGCAAGUGGACUAGGCAGACACAGAGUUUAUUGUUUAUCCUUCUUCCUAUACACACUGAGGGAUAAUGGCUAAACCAAAGAGAAAAAAAAAUUGCCAUAGAAAACACAUCUGGGGCAGAAACGUAGAAAUGUUCCCUAAGCAGGGAGGGAGACAGAGGGAAAGUGUUAUUUAGGAAGUAGCAAAUGAGUGUAAGUAAGACCAGAUUGUAUUAUUGUGGCGUUUUGAC